GGGUAAGAUAUUGCCGAGAAAGUUGAGAGGAAAAAGUGAGAAAGACGAUAGAAAAAGGAAAUAUCAACAGCAAUAAUUUUGGCUACAACAAAAAUACAACGCCACCAACAACAACAGCCAGAGAUUUCUGUUCUUUAAGACCACUUUUUCUAUUUUUUUUGGAUUCUAUCUCUCUCACCCUCUGAAAGGAGUAGCUGUACUUUCUCUGUUACUUUUUAAUGGAGAAUGCUAUCUUGGUUUUCUAGAUCAUACCCAGAUCUCAAUUCUAAUCGAUCGAGCUGAAUAGCAUGCACAUCUUGGGAAAGCUGAAGAAAAGAGAGGGAGAGGAAAAGAGAUUUCCCUCGUUUCGGUUGGACCAUUUUCAAAAUCAAGAAAAAGAUUGACAAACUUAUGAGGCUGAUUAUCUCUUCAAUGGACGUGCGGAGUGCUAGCUCCGGCUUGAAUUUGGUUUAAUAUAUUGCUCGAUCGAGAUUGGUCUGUUCUCUCUAUAAUUGAUGCUGUGUUUUGCUUUGGAUAGUUUUCGACAAGUAUUGGGUUCUCCAACUGCAGAAGGGAGCUUUUAUUUUUCCAUAUUGGGUUCUUAAACAAGAGGGAGGCUUUUUUAAAUUUUCCAACAUAAGUUAUGAUCAAACAGUUACUUAAUAAGCUUCCACGCAAGUCCUCUAAGUCAGCUGAACAUCGUGAAGGAGGGGGAAUCUCUACCUCAUCUUCAAAUGCUUCUACCAGUUCCAGAAGCAGUGAUUCAGCAAGCAAUCUUUAUGCGAACCCAGGCAUUCCAUCUUUCUCAGGAUUUGAUUCGUCAAAUAUAGGAUUAAAUCAUGGCGGUAAGCUUAUGCAAGCUGUGAAUUUAAAGCCGAAUGGGAAUUUGGCAGGUUCCCCGUAUGAGGCUUUGCCUGGUUUUAAAGAUGUUCCGAAUACUGAGAAGCAGAACUUGUUUAUUAGAAAGCUCAACUUAUGCUGUGUUCUGUUUGACUUUUCUGAUCCAACGAAGGACCUUAAAGAAAAGGACAUCAAGCGACAGACAUUGGUUGAACUUGUGGAUUAUGUUGCUUCUGCGAAUGGGAAGUUCUCUGAAACAGUUAUGCAAGAGAUGGUAAAGAUGGUAUCCAUAAAUUUGUUUAGAACUCUCACUUCUCCACCCCGUGAGAAUAAAGUCUUGGAAGCAUUUGAUUUGGAAGAGGAGGAACCAUCAAUGGACCCUGCAUGGCCUCACUUGCAAGGUGUUUAUGAAUUCCUUUUGAGGUUUGUGUCUUCACCUGAGACGGAUGCGAAGUUGGCCAAGCGGUAUGUUGAUCACUCAUUUGUUCUCAGGCUGUUAGAUCUUUUUGAUUCGGAGGACCCCAGAGAGAGAGAUUACUUGAAAACAGUUCUGCACCGUAUUUAUGGGAAAUUUAUGGUUCACCGACCAUUCAUCAGGAAAUCAAUCAACCACAUCUUCUUUCGUUUUAUUUUUGAGACUGAGAAGCAUAAUGGGAUUGCAGAGCUGCUGGAGAUUCUGGGUAGUAUAAUCAAUGGGUUUGCUCUGCCACUGAAAGAAGAGCACAAGCUCUUUCUUGUUCGAGCACUUAUUCCUCUUCAUAAACCAAAAUGCAUACCAAUGUACCACCAGCAAUUAUCUUACUGCAUAACCCAAUUUGUGGAGAAAGACUGCAAGCUUGCUGAUACUAUUAUACGGGGACUACUAAAGUAUUGGCCAAUUACAAAUAGUUCUAAGGAGGUCAUGUUCUUAGGUGAGCUGGAGGAAGUUUUAGAAGCAACUCAGCCUGCUGAGUUCCAGCGCUGUAUGGUACCCUUGUUCCGCCAAGUUGGUCGUUGUUUGAGCAGUUCACAUUUUCAGGUGGCAGAGAGGGCUUUGUUCUUAUGGAACAAUGAUCACAUUGAGAACCUGAUCAGACAGAACUGCAAUAUCAUACUGCCAAUUAUCUUCCCUGCGUUGGAGAAAAAUUCAAGAAGCCACUGGAACCUGGCCGUACAGAACUUGACACUAAAUGUUCGUAAAAUUUUCUCAGAUGCUGACCCUGAGCUUUUUGAGGAGUGCUUGCUCAAGUUUCAGGAAGAUGAGGCACAAGAUAAGGAAGUUAAGUCGAAACGUGAAGCCACUUGGAAACGCUUAGAAGAGAUGGCUUCAAUGAAGGCUUCCGUCAAAGAACCAGUGCUCGUCUCUUCCAAAAAAGUCAAUCGUGCACCUUCUGGCUAGAGGGUUAUUUCUGCAGUCGAUUAUAGUGGUUUGAAACUUAAAUUGGUGAUUGACCCACAAAGUCAAGGAUGCCAUUGCAUGGGGUUACAGAGUUGCUGCAUUUUGGUUUAACACGCCUGGAUUGUAUAUAUUCAAUUGGGAUGGACAAAGCAAGCAAAUGGGUGCUGCAAAUCACGUUGGCAUUGAAGCUUUAGCCUGCAAAGUAGGUGGGAAAGGAUAAGGAUUAGUUCGAAUUUGACUUGUAUAAGCUACAUUUUUGUUUUUGUGAAUUUGAUUCAAUGGAAGUAGGCUCGAUCUUCUGAUUUAUUAUUAUGUAUCAUCAAAACUUUGUGUUGUUUUUUACGAGUGUUCUAUUGCUUGACAUAAUAUUUGUUUAAAGAUGAAGAGUUUUGUAGCCAUUAAUAUGAAUUACAGCAUCCAUCGGUUUCCCCCA